CACGAGCCCUCCAAGCGCAGCCGCUGCCGGGCAAGGUGCAGCUCCCCCGCCCCGGUAGAUUUCGAGCUCCCCUUUUUCCCCUUGGCUCGUUUGCAUGAAUUGUUCGUCUCCCAAAAUGGUUUGCGAGACCAAGAUAGUGGCGGAAGAUCACGACUCGCUGUCAGCAGCCAAGAAGGAGACCAUCGUUGUUUCCUCCGCUCAGAUGUGGCCUCCUGUCGGGGGCUCGCCGCCCGCUUCGCCCAGCGCGCCGCCGGCGGGCGAAGGGGAGCAGACGGCGGGCGUCUUCAUCCGGGAAUUCCACCCUUCGGAAGAAGAGGUGGUGCGGCGCAUCUUCUACGAAGGCAUCAUGGAGAGGAUCCCCAACACAGCCUUCCGCGGGCUGAAGGACCAGCCCUUGACGCAGCUGCUUUACGGGACAAUGGCCGUAAUAUGCUUUGUUGUGACCAAGUCCUUGCUGAUGACCUGCUGUUUGCCCUUCUUUCUAAUGGGCAUGAGGUACUACUUCAGUCGAAAAGUUAUCCUCAGCUAUCUCGAAUGCGCCUUGAAUACGGACAUGUCUGAUAUUGAGCAAUAUUACAUGAAAUCCCCAGGUUCCUGUUUCUGGGUUGCAGUGUUAAAUGGCAACGUGGUGGGCAUUGUGGCAGCGAGAGGCAACGAGGAAGACAAUACAGUGGAACUGCGUCGCAUGUCUGUGGACUCUAAAUACCGUGGUAAAGGGAUCGCUAAAGCUCUGGGUCGCAAGGUGCUGGAGUUUGCCAUGGUCAAUAGCUAUUCCUCUGUUGUCCUGGGAACCACAGCAGUGAAAGUGGCGGCCCACAAGUUGUAUGAGUCUCUAGGAUUCAAGCAUGUUGGGGUGGUUGAACACUAUUCUCUGCCUGGAAUGACACAUUCUAUUCUAGAGCAAAUAUUUUUCCAGCUUCGCUACCACCACUACUGCCUGCAGCUGCGUGAAGAAUGAGAGCGGUGCGUUGUGUUCCUCCCCAGAACCUCCCUUGCCAAUGUCUUGUGGGGGUUUAUGUCAUGGUUUAUUUGCCAUUUCUCCAUUUCAUUUUCUUCAUUGGCUUUGUACAAUUCCUUGUACAAACAAAGGGCCCUUCUUUUCUGAGAUGCUUGUAGGGUGAUGGCACUAAUGCUGGAGAUACUGUUCGCUGCCCUUGGCCUUCUGUGGGUCAAGGUCAGGAUGGACAUUAUCACUCUCCCAGUCUGACCCAGGUUACCUACCUAAGCACAGAAAUGUUAAUGCAUAACA